AUGCAGGUCCAGACUCUCAAGCUUCAAUUUCUCCGGUGUCCCACAUCAGCCUCAUCACAUCACCUAGCAGAAGCACUUUGUUCUAUGCCAAACCUGACUGACCUGUCACUGAUCACAAUGGAUCUAAAUGAGGAGUUCUGCUCUACAUUGAAAGCAAAGGCAUCAUCCAUGCAGGUCCAGACUCUCAAGCUUCAGGAUAUGCAGUGUCCAACACCAACCUCACAUCACCUUGUAGAAGCAAUAUGCUGUAUUCCAAACCUGACUGACCUGACAAUGCAUGGAUGGAAUUUCGAUGAGGAGUUCUACUCUACAUUGAAAGCAAAGGCAUCAUCCAUACAGGGUUGUUUUCCUCAGAUCAAGAAGGGAAAGUUCAGGGUCAAUGGAGUUGCCCAAGAUGACUUAAACUCAUUUCUCAACACCCUCACAUGUUUGCAAAGGUUAGUACAGUAGGCCUAUAUGUCAGAUAACAGCAUGUAGCCUGUUUAUGGGUAGUGCAAUACAGAAACAAUAUAACGAACCUCUGAUGUAAUACUAAGAAAUGAUA